AUGGUGGUUCAUGCCUAUUCAAAUUAUGCUAAAUAUGCAUGGGGAGCUAAUGAACAUCGACCAAUAACAAAAACAUCACAUUCAGCGAAUGUAUUUGGAACAGAAAAAUUAGGCAUAACAAUCAUUGAUAGUCUUGAUACAAUUUAUUUGGCUGAUUUAAAAGAAUUUGUUCAAAAAUCAAGAGAUUGGAUUGAAACUGAAUUUAAUCCAAAUGUGAAUAGUGAAAUUUCUGCAUUUGAAAUAAAUAUUCGACUUGUUGGUGGUUUUCUUUCCAUGUAUGCUUUAACUAAUGACAAAUUAUAUCUUGAUAAAGCUCAGGCAAUAGCUGAUCGUCUUCUUCCUGCAUUUAAUACUCCAACUGGAAUUCCUUUUGCACUGAUAAAUUUAGCAAAUGGGGCAUCAAAAAAUUGGAAUUGGGCUGCUGGUGGUUGUUCGAUAUUAUCUGAAUUAGGAACAAUGCAUCUUGAAUUUCAAUAUCUAUCUCAAUUAACAGGAAAAGAGAUCUAUUUAGAGAAAGUUGAAAAAAUACGUACAACUCUCAAAGAAGCCUCAGAGAACAAUAUGUAUUUUAAUUAUAUUAAUCAACAAACAGGAAAAUGGUGUCAACGACAUGCAUCUCUUGGCGGUUUAGGUGAUAGUUUCUAUGAAUAUUUAUUGAAAAGUUGGGUUUUAUCUGGCAAAAAAGAUGAACAAGCUCGUUCAAUGUAUGAAAGUUCUAUGAAAGCAGCUGAAGAAGCAAUGUUAAGAAAAACUCCAACAACAAAUUUAAUGUAUUUCGGUGAACAUCAUUCUGGUCGUUUAGAUCCUCAAAUGGGACAUCUAACAUGUUUUGUUGGUGGUCUCUAUGUCUUAUCAGCCUUAUCUGGUGCAAUAACUUCAAAUUCAUCAACUAAACAUGAAAUAGAAAUAGCUCAAGGUAUUGGAAAAACAUGUCGAGAAUCUUAUGUUCGUACAGCAACUGGUCUUGGUCCCGAAGGUUUUCAUUUUGAACGUGUUGAUGUUGAAGCUAAAUCAUUACGGGAUAAUGAAAAAUAUUAUAUCUUAAGACCUGAAGCAAUUGAAGCAUGGUUUUAUUUAUGGAGAAGUACACAUGAUCAAAUCUAUCGUGAUUGGGCUUGGGAUGCACUUAUUAGCAUUGAGAAAUAUUGUCGAGUUGAAGGUGGUUAUUCUGGUAUAAGAGAUGUAUAUGCCGAAACAGUGUCUCAUGAUGAUGUUCAACAAAGCUUUUUCAUAGCUGAAACUCUUAAAUAUCUGCUACUGAUAUUUUCAGAUGAUUCAUUUAUUCCUUUAGAAUCAUAUGUCUUUAAUACUGAAGCUCAUCCUUUUCGUAUACGUACUGUGUGA